UUUGCAAGAUGGAGGUGGCGGGGCGCCACGGGCCUGGUUAUGGCUGCUAGUAGUCAGUCACCGGACUUCCAAGGCGGCGGCGCUUUGGCUUGCGGGUCCGGGAGGCCCCAGGCAUGGACUUUCCACUGCCAGCCCCUCAGCUGUUGGGGCUUCUCCUUUUACUGAGCGUCCCGAGGGUGCUGUGGGGAGACCUGGUUUUCGUCCCUUCUUUCAUCCACAUGUCUGGCCCUGCGGUCACUGCGUUCCUGGUGGGAGACACUGAGGGUGUGACCACGUCCCUGACUUUGCUGCAGGACGAGCAGGAAGUAUUGCCAGUCUUGCCAGUCCCAGCUUGUGGAAUACCAAACAACGAGACUGAAGAUUGGAGUCUGUCUGUGACCCACAGUGUGAAUGCAUUGGAAGUGACAGUGAGGUUGAGGAGGAGUCCGCCGUGGUGCUCCGCUAAUGAGACAGAUCUUUUCCCAGAGCCCCCAUGUAUUGUCCAGACUCUUCUGGUUUCAGCAUCUCGUGAUUCAUCAUGUGUAGGACAUCUACUCAUUCAAGCAGAAAUUUAUGCCAAUUCUUCCCUGGCCCAUAACACAUCAGGUAUGAACAUUUUUGCACCCAGUCAGAAAGAAAUCAGGACAAGACAAAGGAUGGAAGGACAGAUAGGAGAGAACGUGACUGUCAUUCCUAACCAGGUAUACCAUCCUCUUGGUCCUUGCCCUUGUGAUUUAACAGCUGGGGCCUGUGACAUUCGCUGCUGCUGUGACCAGGACAAAGAGAAACUGAGAGAGGAGAAGACAGAGAAGGGGAGAGAAAGACAUCUCCAGACCUGUUUCACUGCCUGUGAAGUGACACCCCUCCAGGAAUGCUCAUCAGAUUUAAGAGAGCUGUUCAGAGAGUCCUGUUUCACUGGUGUUUUUGGAGGCGACGUCAAUCCUCCUUUUGAUCAGCUCUGCUCUGAGCAGCCACCUCCCUCAGCCCAGGCCUGGUUUCCCUUCCUGUGUGUGCAGUCCCCACCGGACAACUCACCCUUCCUCGGCUACUUCUACCAUGGGGCCCUUUCUCCUGGGCGACAUACGUCCUUUGAAGUGUAUGUGCACACUGAUUUGAAAGACUUGUCAGACUUUGGAUAUAAGCAAGGAGACCCAAUUAUGACUGUAAAUAAGACAUAUUUGACUAUUCCACAGGUGUCCCUUAAUGGGCAGUGCAUGCAGAACGCUCCGGUGGCAUUCCUGCAGAGUGUUGAUGUUCAGUGCAUCACUGAUUUGGAUGCCUACCAAGUACAGGACAGGAUCUUCAACAUGAAGAUAAAGAACGACGCUCUGAGAGGUACAGUCACACCCAAAGUAAUCUAUGAAGACACAUUCAACCUGGACAAAUUCAUCACCAACACAGAAACAAUUUUAAGUAUUGGAUCAGCCUCCAGAAAUGUGACUGUGGAAGAACAUUAUAUUUUCAGAUGGGAUAAUAAUACAAUCAGUGAAAUAAAUGUCCGAAUUAUCAGGGCAGAAGUUAACACCAAUCAGAAAGGAAUCUUGACACAGAGAUUUACAGUAAAAUUUUUAAGUCAUAACAGUGGCAAUGAAAAGGAAUCAUCUGGAAAUCCAGGUUACCAACUUGGCAAGCCUGUUCGGGCUCUGGAUACCAACAGGAUGGAUAACAUUACAACUUUACGCCUUUGGCAACCAGCUGGCAGAGGUUUGUGUACAUCAGCAAGUUUCAGGCCCAUUUUGUUUGGAGAGAAUGCCCUGUCUGGAUGCCUGCUAGAAGUGGGGAUUGAUGAAAACUGCACUCAGCUCAGGGAAAAUACUCUUGAACAACUUGACUCUUUAGUGCAAGCAACUCACGUCGCGAUGAGAGGCAACUCUGACUACAACGAUCUGAGUGAUGACUGGUUGGAAAUCAUACGUGCAGAGGCCCCUGACUCCAGUGCAGACCCAGCUGUCGACACCGCAAAUGGCACCUGCCUGGAUGUUCCUGCUCAGCUGCUCAUCCGCAUCCUCAUCUCAGAUGCUGGCGCAGUGGAAGGGAUUACUCAGCAGGAAAUCCUUGGUGUGGAGACAAGGUUCUCCUCAGUGAACUGGCAGUUCCAGUGUGGCCUUACUUGUGAGGAGAAGGUCAACCUAUUCCCUGUCAGUGCAGCAGUGCAGUUCAUCAAGAUUCCUGUGCAACUGCCUCCUCCGCUUACAAGAUUCCAGAUGAAUUUUACAGAGUAUGACUGUAACAGAAACGAGGUGUGUUGGCCACGACUUCUAUAUCCAUUGACACGGUAUUAUCAAGGUAGGGUGAAGAGGGUAUCGUUAUGUUAUGUCAGUUGAAAAACUUUAAAAACUAUGCAAAUACCAUAGAAAACUGAACCCACAGUGAAAAGUUUACUUUUAGCACCAGUGGGGCCUUGUGCAUGUACAAUUUCACUGCUCUGGGCCGGCUUUUUCAUACCCACACAGACACAUACAGGCAAGAGAAGACACUAUAGUACCGAAGCUUCACUCAGUGCCCCUGUAGCACUUCCCAAGUGGUACGGAGCCUCGAACUUGGGCCUUGCACACAGCAGAGCAGGUGCCCUACCUGUUGAGCUGGCUCUUUGACCCAUUAGUAAAGUCUUAGAAAGAAAAAUAAAAACACUGAUAAUGUGCUGUUUAGGAGUGAUUGCUGUUCAUGUUUUGGCUUGUUCUUCCCUAAGUCAGGUUUUUGAAAGCAGAGAGAAGACUGUUGCUAAUUGAAGC